UUGAAAAUAACAUUUAAACAAGUGUCCAAAGAAUCUAUUAUUCAGUCGUUUAUUUAGUUACAUUUCAAAAAGAGUAGAAAUUGUGUAUUUUGCUCUUGUGCUCUUUGUUUUCAUUGCGCCAUUUCGCUCAUUGUGGAUGUCAACGAAAACAUAGAAUUUAUGUUACUCAUGUUCGCUCUGUUCGGAAUAGUUUAUUUGUGUUUUUGAAGUCGUACAAGGCGGUUUGGUAAAGCGCUUCACUUAAUAUAUUCGUGACGCUUCAUACGUGAUAUACAAAAAAAAAAAAAGAAAAAAAAGCACUAACAAUUUGACAACGUAGUGCGGUUAUAAAUUGAAAAGUUUAAAGUGUAAAAAUCAAGUUCACAUAUACUUAUACAGAAACAAAAAAAUUCGAACAAAAUAUAUAAAAAGGAUUUGUACUAUUGGUGAGAAAAAUCGGUGGAAUAAUGAAUGAACAUCAUAUGAUCACGCGUCGUCGUUCGCGUUCCAAAACACCCUUUUUGCGUUCAGCAUGCGAUCAUGAAAACUGUGAUCAUGUCGAUCAUCUAAAGAGUAGUCCACAGCACCAGAAGAAGAAAAUACCUGUUGUAGAGACGAUAAUUGAAGAAAUAAUUGAUUUAACAAAGACGGCAAGUGAUGAAAAAGAGAGCAACGUUAAACGUGGUCAAUCACAGUUGAAAACUACAAAUAAUAUGUCAUCAUCAUCAUCAACAACAACAACAACAACUAAAUUUAUAACAACUGAAAAACUAAGAGGAACUGUUAAUACAUCUACUCCCAAAGAAAGCUAUUCUUCAGGCAGUUUUAUAUCAAGAUUUGCCAGAAGCGGCAAUAAAAGAGGACGUACCGUAUUAACAGAAAGUGCACAAAAUGAUCUAAACUCUCAGUUUGAAAUAACUUGUAAGUUAGCUGAAAACUCACUAAAAAAUAAAUCCGUCAGUAGUAUAUUCAAUGAAUCAGCGAUUAAUACUGAUUUAUCGGCACAUCCUGCCUAUUUGGAGUAUAAAUUGGCUGGCGAAUAUUGGGAAAAAACACCAAAGACCGAUUAUACCUAUUCUUAUCUGUCACCACAUCGAAGGCCAUUGACUAAUGGAUACGUAGGCAUGCCAAAUAUGUCUAGACGUAGUAUCUAUACUGAUCAAAGCAGUUAUUAUGAUUCAGCAGAUGAAGUUGAUUAUUUGGUUGAAAAACAAUGUCAAAAGAAGGCUUACUAUAAUACUGGCAGUAUGCAAACAAAAGAAAAUUGGUUAAUGCGUCUCAUUACUAUAAUUACUACAAUAACAACAACUACUUGGGACAGGCUUGUUGGAACUUCCAGUCAAAUACGACGACAUAGCAAUAUAUAUACUACCGAUGUAAAUAGAAAAGGUGUUUUUGCCUCUAUUGGAGAAAGAAUCACGAGUACUUUUAGAAGUUUAAUUCACUACACUUACUUGUCCAUAUCAAAUAUUCUGUGCAUGGACACUUGGCUAUUGCGUUCCUCCAAUGUGAACAACAAAGGUCGCAAACGUUUUUUGCUUUUCUUAUUGUGUUUACUACCCUUACUACUUUUAAUUGCGUGGCGUUUAUUUGGUGAGAAUGAGGAUUAUAAUUAUCUACGAAAGGCGCAAUUACUUCUACCAUCGUCAUUUUACGCUACCCUAGGAAGUCGUGUGGCUAAUAUUGGGAAUACACUGAAGGAUUUCUUCUCAUUAUCUGCUAUUAUAGGCUUUAGUGCAAAACUACUACGAAGAGCUAAAGAGGACACAAUUGCCAAUAUACAUAUAGAAAAAUUGCAACAGAACAUGAAAAAUUCAUUGAGUGCCGCAGAAUAUGAAAAUAUAUUAAACCACAUUAAUAGUUAUGUGCAGCAGCUGUUGGAAAUCAAAUUAAAAGAAGAAAGACUGCAGAGAGAGAAAUCCGCACCUCUAACACCACAACAGAUGCAAAUCAUUGUCAAGAUCAUGCAUGAAAAUUUUGAACAAAUGGCGAAGAAAGGACAGUUUGACAGCCAAAUUAAUCUGGCAAAUUUAAGUGAAGAUCAGGUUCAACAUUUAGCAGGGGUCAUACAAUUGAAACUAGAGGCUGCUGGCUGGUCUAGCUCACAUCCCGUAAGAUUAACUGCUGAGAACUUGAAGGAAAUAACAGAAGUCGUAAAGCAACAAAUCAACGUAAAUAAGCAAACACACCUGACAUACAUAAUGGAAAACAUUGACUUAAAUGCACUUUUGGGACGUCUGUUGAGUGCACCGGAAUUAGCGAAGUUUGUAGAUGCGCGAAUUAACGUUGCUAUAGAUGAAAAACGCUUGAGUUCGAAGACGGAAGGCUCUGGUGCUGGUAUAAAUGUUGCAACUGAAUUCAAACAACAGCUACGUUUGAUCGAUGAACUAAACAAUCAAAUUGCAUUUAUAAAACUUUCACUGUCCGACAAGUUAGGGGAAAAUGAAGAGUUACAGAAUUCGUUGAGAAAAUUAAAAGGAAAUCAGGACGAUUUACUCAUACGAUUGCAGGAGCAUGAGUUGUUGACCGAUAAGCGAUUAAGUGGACUUCUCGCUGAAAUUGAAAGUAAAUUCUCAGCACUACAAAAUGAGCAAUUCAAGUUGCUCAAUCAGCAAGUGAAACUUUCUUUGAUUGAGAUUUUGGGUUUUAAACAGAAUCAGAACUCUGGUGUGAAAUUUGAGGAAAUAGAUUUGCAGAAUUGGGUUCGGAACACGUUUGUGGCUAAAGAUUAUUUGGAAAAGCGUUUGGAAGAAUUAAAUAAUCGUUCCGAUGAUAAAAUACGUGCUGAGAUUGAUCGUUCCGGUAUGUUACUUAUGCGUGAUAUUAGCGAACGUCUUAAACGCGAAAUAAUAUUGACUGUGGAAACGCGACACAAGGAAAGCGCUGAUAUGUUGAGAGGGGAAUUGCGUUCCGCACUAUCGGAACAAGAGGUGCGCAAAAUUGUUAAGUCAGUGUUGGCAAUAUAUGACGCAGAUAAAACUGGUUUGGUAGAUUUUGCACUUGAAUCCGCUGGCGGUCAAAUACUGUCGACACGUUGCACCGAAAGCUACCAGACAAAAUCUGCACAAAUAUCCGUCUUCGGUAUUCCACUUUGGUAUCCCACUAAUACGCCACGUGUAGCUAUUUCACCGAAUGUACAACCAGGUGAAUGCUGGGCUUUUCAGGGAUUUCCCGGAUUCUUAGUAUUGAAAUUAAAUUCUUUGGUAUAUAUCACCGGGUUCACACUUGAACACAUACCAAAAACCUUGUCUCCAACUGCAGCCAUAGAAUCAGCACCAAGAAAUUUCACAGUUUGGGGCCUUGAACAUGAAAAGGAUCAAGAACCGGUACUGUUCGGCGAGUAUGAGUAUGUGGACAAUGACGCUUCAUUGCAAUAUUUUCCAGUGCAAAAUUUAACAAUAAAACGCCCAUAUGAAAUUGUGGAAUUACGCAUUGAAUCCAAUCAUGGUAACCCGCAGUAUACUUGCCUUUAUCGGUUUCGUGUGCACGGCAAACCUCCAAAUUUGUAAAAUGAAUCUAUAGUCAUAUCAAAUAGGCAGAGUUAGAUGUUACUAAGUGUAGGUAUUUUUAGAGUAUUAGUAUAAAAUGUUCAUGCCCGAAUUAGAUUUUAAGGUAACUAAUGUAAAUAACUAUGUGCCUUAUGUAAAUAAUUAUGGUACAAAUAGUAUGAAAAAUGGGAUUUCCAGAUAGAUUUUUAUAUAUUAUUGUAAAUGUUGCAAAGUAAACUACUUAGCACUUAUAUAUAUAUAUAUAUGAAAUUAUUGUAUAAAUUAAGAAAAGUUCCUUAGAGA